CGAUGGUACAUUUGUUUCGGCUAUGGCUGUGACGUCGGGGAGGCGGAGAGGAGGGGCGUAGCAGUAGUCGUAGAGGCAGUCAGGUACACUGGAGCAUGUGCGGAGGAUUGUUGGAUGUGGCAGAGGGUGCAGUAGUGGGCAGAGAGACAGCGAGUGAGGGGGAGCGAGUAUAGGGCGUCGCUUGCGACGGGGUCGCAGAUCUGAGUAGGAUUCGAGUUGGUUUUGUUUUAUUUUUAUAUUGUAAUUUUCUCGGAGGGCGUGAGGGUGUGGGAGUGGCGCGGUAUUAGUUGCGGAGACGUUAGAAGGUGAGGUGAGGUGGAGAGAGAGAGGAGGGCUUGUUGUUUAUGAUGGCUAUGGAGGGAAGGCCUGGCGUGACAGGGCCUUCGAGUCCUUGCGCGCAGCUGAGCUUGUUCGUAGGGCAGGGACGGUGACCGGUCGAUGGGCGAGGUGUCCUGAAUUUUAUGCGAGGGUUCGAUUUUGGUGGCGUUGGUUUUUGGUUUGGUUUGGAUUUCAGUUUUGAAGAAGAGAUUUAAUGACAAAUCAAUUCCGACGGUGUGUGUUGCAAGCCAGGGCUGUGUGAGAGGUUGAUGUUUUGCUGCCACUGGAUUUAGUUCCUAUAUUGGAUGCGAGGGAGUUGAGAUUUGGAGCGAUGCACGUGUCGACUGGCAUGACUGGUUAAUGUUUUUUUUGUCCAGUUGUGUCCUUCAUCUCUCUGUGAAGUACUUUGCGAUUUACACUGAAAUUCGAGAGAGAGAGAGAGAGAGAGAGAGCUGAAGUUAUCCUCUUACGCUCAGACCAUCACAGCUGUAGGUUAUGAGCUAGUAUGUUUCGGUGAAUCAGUGCUUGAUCUGCGAGUUGAUUGAUGUAAUCCGUGCCCUCUGUGGAUCUUCAAGCUCGGAAUUGUCUUGUGGUGUUGUGCAAGACCUAAGUAGGAGCUAGCUGUUCUAUUUACGUACAUAACGAGUGGUUGCAUACUGAGCAAAGAGGCAAUCGCGGAGGUUUAGCGGGAGAUCCUUCGAUCAGCAAGCUGCAUCCUCCAGAAUCAGAUAUACUGAAUCAAAGGGACCUUCUUGGAGAAAUUACUUAAUAGUGGUGACGCACUAGGCGGAUGGUCUCUCUAAACUGCUUUCUACUCUUCCGUUGUAUUUCGACGGUCCGAUGAUGAGGAGACUUAGCUUUCAAAGUUUCCAAGUCUUAGUCCUCCUCCUAACCUGUAUGAGUGCAAACAAUUGCCGCCAGACAUGCACGUUUGGUCGGCCUCUUCUCUCUGGCUCAGCUGAAUCAGUUUCCAAUGGAGUGGUAGGAACUACCACUUUAUCGACCGGUCACGAGAGUAUCUUGAAGGCUGUCGAAACGGAGGGAAGUUGUGCUAACAAUUAUAAAAACUGGAAGAAUCGGCCUCAUAGUGUUUCCAUCAGUGAAUUUGGUGCCGUUGGUGAUGGAAAAACUCUUAACACGCACGCAUUCGAGAAUGCCAUGUUUUAUCUCCGCACGUAUGCGGACAAGGGUGGGGUGCAAUUAUACAUUCCUGCUGGACGAUGGCUUACUGGGAGCAUAAAGUUGAUCAGUCAUCUGACGCUAUUCUUGGAAAACGAAGCUACAAUUCUCGGAUCUCAGGACUUGAAGGAUUAUCCUAUUAUUCCUGGAUUGCCCUCUUAUGGUCGAGGCCGUGAGCUUCCUGGUCCUAGGCAUAGCAGCCUCAUCAAUGGCGAAGGGCUUGAAGAUGUCGUUAUUACAGGUGACAACGGAACGAUUGAUGGACAAGGUGCUGUAUGGUGGGAUGCUUUCUAUAAUAAAACGCUGGAUUAUACUCGGGGUCACUUGGUCGAGCUUAUUGACUCUAGCGACAUCUUAAUCUCUAACCUUACUUUUCGAGACUCACCAUUCUGGACGAUUCAUCCGGUCUACUGCAGGAAUGUGGUGGUCAAAGAUAUGACUAUUUUGGCUCCUCUCGAUUCACCAAACACAGACGGCAUUGAUCCAGAUUCAAGCCAUAAUGUGUGCAUCGAAGACUGCUAUAUCAGCGUUGGUCAUGAUGCAAUUGCGAUAAAAAGUGGUUGGGAUGAGUAUGGAACCUCAUAUGGCAUGCCUAGCAAACACAUUGACGUCCGACGUAUAACCGUGCAUUCAAAAACUAGUGCCGGAAUCGCUUUCGGCAGCGAAAUGUCUGGAGGCAUAUCAGAUGUCAAGGUUGACCACAUGAUGAUCUUUGGUGCUAGAUGGGGCAUACGUUUCAAAACUGGACUAGGCCGUGGGGGCUACAUAAGAAACGUAACAGUGGACAACGUGGACAUGCACUCCGUGGGCACAGCAAUCGCUUUUACGGGAAAUUAUGGAGAGCAUCCUGAUGAAAACUGGAAUCGGACAGACUACCCCGUGAUUGAAAAUAUAUCAAUUGAGAAUGUGGUGGGGGAAAACAUAACUCAUGCUGGCCUAUUUCUGGGACUUCCUGAGUCUCCCUUCCACAACAUUCACCUGGCCAACAUAGCUCUUGACGUCAAGUCUGAAUCCGACGACUGGAACUGCUCAUCAGUCGCUGGAACCUACUUCUUCGUUUGGCCCCAGCCAUGCUCAGACUUCACUAAGGAGGAGCAAAAGACCUAGAUUCCUCACUAGUUCUGAUUCCUAUAGAGCGCGGAUGUGGAAAGGCUGUCGACGUGAAUAGGCGUCAGGUGUUGGAGAGUCCAAAGCUGCCCCUAAUAAGUUCCUUGUGGAACACUUCCAGGUUUGUAUCAAUUUAUUGCUUAGAUAUACAUUUGUAGGACAAUCAAAAGUACGGUCUUACAGAUGCAUAUCCAAUGUCCUAAUGUGUAGUAUAUAAGGCUUGUGGGUUCGAUGGAGCUCUUGGUAUUGAUGAGUUGUUGCUUUACUGUAUUUAGUGAAGCUAUAGGCUGAGUUAUUUUUUUGACGGAUAUCCUGUAAUAUAAUGAUUCCAACACUGGUUCCAUCUGGACUUUGCCCAA